AUGGCUGCUGGAACAAGAUGGAGAAAUGAUUCUUGUCUACGCCAAUAUUUGGGAUCUGGAAAAGAGUUGCCAACAGCUGAACUGCCAACACUGAGAGAUGUCCUAAGAGAUGGUAUUUUUUCAAGAGAAACAAGCAAACUAAACAGAAGAAACUAUAGUAAUUCUGAUUUGAUCCAGGAUAUUUAUAAUAAACUUUCAGAAAAAUGGCAAAUGGCCAGUGUUUUAUUUGUGCCUCCCGUAAUUAGUAUAAAACAUAAUUUGGUAACAAGACUUAAAGUUGCAUGGAACAAAGCUAACCUGAUUUCUCAAAAUAGAGCAAGUAAGUUUAUAAAACAAAAGUUUAAUUUAAUUAUUGACAAACUAUUUGAUUUGGUGGAGUGUAACUGUAAAAUAUCUCUUUGUUUUGAGCAAUGCUGUUCUACUGACUGUAAAGUUGGUGCCCACAUUACCUGCAUAUGUCCUAGGGAGAGAAAAAUACCAAUAAAUGAACUGGUUUAUGUAAAAGCCCAACGCGAAAAGAUUGGAUCUUUAAGUUCAUAUCAACUUGGGCCUGCUGAUUUGAUGGAGUCCAAAAAGUUCAAAAAAGUACAAAGUUUCAAACGAAGAAGAGAAGAAGAAAAACAAAUGAGAGAAAAAAAAACACACUAAUCAAAAAGAAAAUAAUACGCAAUAUGAACAAGAUAACGAACAUGAAAAUUAUAAAGAGAAAUCUAAUGAAAAUGAGAUUUUUUCUAAUCAAAAGCCUUGUACAAAAUAUUUAAAAAAAAUCUAGAAAUUAUGAAGAUAUCUCUAAUAUUGCAUUGGCCAGUAUUCGAUAUGGUGUUGGUUUAAGAGCAACUGCAGGACUUGUAUCCCAAAGUGACACUAGA